UGUGACCUCUGACACCUGAAAUGUCCCAACGUCACCUAAAAUACCGAGGCACCUCUAAAGACGUCCUUAAUGUGCUUGAUAAUAAUAAACUAACAGGACCUUAUUGUAAAUGAGCUCCACCUUAAUGUUCAUACACUGAAGGAUGGCGUUUCUUAAAGGCAUCGCGUUUGAUUGUGUCGCCAAAUUAAAUGUUCCAAAUAAAUAAUGUUAGUUAUUUCCAUCAGUUUAAAGAUCUGCUUUUAUCUUUUGUUUUUAAGCUUUCAUACAUUCUGAUUAUUGAGGACGUGAAUGUUCAGAGUUUUAUUUUUACAUGAACCUUUAUUACUUUACGGCUUUCUUUGGUUUCACACUUAUUUAAAGUACAUUCGUCAUUUUGAGUCGAAGCUUUUAAUCAGUUAUAAUAUUCUGUAUUCUUGUUCCAAAUAAAGCGCAGCGUGCUUUACUUAAGAAAAACAAAAUUAGAAUAUUUACAUUUUUAAAUAUCUUUGUGCAGACUUAUAAAAAAAAUCAUCAUCAGUCCACCAACACGAAGGAAUACCUUUAUUGAUAUUUAUGUUCUGUAUUUAUUUGUUGUGUUUUCAGCUGCAGGCCGGCAGCGGUCACUCUCAUUUCUCUCCAUCUUCUGUCCAGAUCCACGCAGCAUCAAACCCACUCACUGCUUCCAUCACUGACAGGAUGGAGGCAUGAUUGUGUCAGUCUCACUGAUUCAUCCUGUGGAAUUUGCGUUUCUGCCCGCUGAGUUUUUUACAGUCUGCUCUCUGUGCGUAACAGAGGCUGCGUUUGCAUCCGAAAAGAAAAGAGAAAAAGGAGACAGGAGGUGAUGUGAGGAGAGCGCGCGGGUUGUUUCUGCUCUUGCUUCUGUAGCAAACAUCUAUGAGAGUCUGUCUGAGAGAGUGUUUUCUGUCGCGGGUGGGUUUGGCAUCUAAAAAUCUGGUGCGUAAAAGAAAAGAGAGAGAAAAUCGCUCAAGUCAAAGUUUGUGCUUCAGAGACCCGGAGCCCACCCAGGCUGAGAUCGAUGUCUUGAAAUCCAUUUCCUGUUCAACAUCUCGAUCCGUUUUCUGUCUCGAGUUCACCCGCAUGACAGCUCUGUGUCCUCUCUGAGCCGUGCGUAAAAGGGCUGGAGCCAAAGAUGCGUCCAAAUCUGAUCUAAAACUCUGACAGCUCCUGACCUCGCGGCCGCUGCGCGUCUGGCGUAUUGCGAUUCAAAAAAAAAAAUGAUGUCACGCGAAGCCACAAGGGGACCUGGGAUUUACCAAAUACCUUCCAGUUGAGCAGGAGUCCUGCCAAGUAAGGGACAACCUCCUCCUCCUCUCCUCCUCCUCUUCCAGCGGCGACAAGUGCAGAGAAUCGACGGAGGAGAAUUGAGCAAAUUAUCUACUUUUCCGCUCUCCUUCCUGGACGGUAACGAUCGGCGAGGUCUCGGCUCUCCGCACGCCGUUAUCGAGCGAGCCACGGCCGCCCUGAUUGUAGUCAAUAAGGAAGGGGGAGCGGGGCCGGUGAUUUGGAGGGGGGGUUCCCCGGUAGAUGAUGCCCUUUCCUGCGGGCCGGUGAGGAGCAGCACCGACCCCCGGCUUCCCUCCAGCAGCUUCUUGUUGUUGUUGUUGUUGUUGUUGUUGUUGUUGCUGUCGCGGCGCGGUUGAUGCGGAGGUGAUGGAUGGUCCUCUCCGCCGCCCAGCGGGGAUCCUCGGCUCCCCCCCGGCUUCUGGGAGCCAGCCCGCGGGCUCCGACAUGCUCACCUCCGGCGGCAGCAGCAGCAAGCCUCUCGCUUUCUCCAUCGACCGGAUUAUGGCCAGGACGCCCGAGCCCAAGUCGAUACCGCUCCCCAGCUGGUUCCAGUCCGCUCCCGUGGGGAAACCCGACGUCUGUCCGUCCUCGCUGCAUUGUAUGAUCCCGCUGGUGCCGCUCGGGUACGAGCCGGGCCACCGGCUCAGCAUCACCGGGCUGGAUCCGGGCCACAUCGACGCGUCUUCUCUCGCCGCUCCCGCAGACUUUCUGGGCUUUGGCUUGAACUAUAAGAACCAGCAGGAGGACUCCGCUGUGAGCCAAAGCGCCGGCCAGUACAAACUCUUCAGGCCCCGGGUGGUGAACCAGUCCUCCUUCCCCACCAUGGGCACCGUGUGCUACCUGAACUGCAGCGGGGACAGCGGCGCGUGUCCCCCGCCGGCCGGCCUGGUCAACCUGCACCCGAUGGCCUCGUACCUGCUCACCGCCCGGCACAAAGCCUUCAUGGCGGAGAAGAGCAAGCCGGGCCUGCAGCAGGCCGGGGAGCGGUACCCGGUGUCCGGCGUGCAGGCCUUCAAGGAGCUGUCUCAGAGUCAGAUCCAGCACUACAUGAAGGAGCGGGACCAGAUCCUCACAGACAAGAUCUUCAAGGGCUCCGCGGCGGCGGCGGCGGCCCGGCUCAGCGGCUCCUGUCCCGGCAACAAGCCCAAAGUGUUCACCUGCGAGGUCUGCGGCAAGGUGUUUAACGCGCACUACAACUUGACCCGCCACAUGCCCGUGCACACAGGCGCGCGGCCGUUUGUGUGCAAAGUUUGCGGGAAAGGAUUCCGCCAGGCGAGCACACUGUGCCGACACAAAAUCAUCCACACUCAGGAAAAACCACACAAGUGUAACCAGUGCGGGAAAGCCUUCAACCGCAGCUCCACCCUCAACACGCACACGCGCAUCCACGCGGGAUACAAACCGUUCGUGUGCGAGUUCUGCGGGAAAGGAUUUCAUCAGAAAGGAAACUACAAGAACCACAAGCUGACGCACAGCGGGGAGAAGCAGUUCAAGUGCUCCAUCUGCAACAAGGCGUUCCACCAGGUGUACAACCUCACCUUCCAUAUGCACACGCACAACGACAAGAAGCCCUUCACCUGCCCCACCUGCGGCAAGGGCUUCUGCAGGAACUUUGACCUGAAGAAACACAUCAGGAAGCUGCACGACCCGGCCGGCCCGCAGUCGCCCCCUCAGGCCUGAGAGACGCUCGGCUCGGACCUGAACAGUGACUCUUUACCCUUCAUCCUGACACACCAAAAAAUACAUCAGGUCCGCUGUGACCUCGCUGUCAAACUGAAACUAAACUGAACUCCUUAUAGUCCAGAGUUACAGAGUCCUGUAGGUGUUAGGGUGAAGAUUAUUUUAUAAAAUAGAAACUCGUGCCCUCAAAUGACUGAUUAAUGUGCUUUGUUCACCUGAAGAUCACUCAGUCCUCCUCUCAGAUGACUUCAUUCCUUCAUGUGCAGCCAUGAAAUCUAAGUAUUAAAGCUGAUUCUGAUCCACAUUUAGAAAAAAUAUGUUCAGUUUGAGACAAAAACAGUCAAAAUCAAAGCACAGAGACAAAGACAUCCCGUCGUUUAGCUCCUGGUGUAUGCUUUAAGCUCCAAAAACACAGGACCCUACAUUUCCCACAAUGCAACUGGACUGUGUGUUUUGAAUAGAGCCUCCCUGCCUGGCCACGUCUUUCAAACUCAAUUCGUCCAGUUUGUAACACAGGUUUUCUGUUUCAUACAUUUAAAGCCUCCAAGCCUGCGCCAAGAUAACCCUGAUGACAUCACUAUGACAUCAUCAGGGUUAUUUUCUCAGAGCUACACAAAGAGUCACUGAAGACAACUGGCAGAGGAAAACUGACCAUGCAGCGGGGUCUCUUUGACUGACACCGACGAUAACCAAUCACAUCAUUAAGAGGGCGGUCCCUUCUGAAAGGGAUAAUGGCGCCUAUUCAGGGUUCAACUUUGACCUAUCCCUGGUAUAAGUUGACCCUUGUGAUAAAAGAAAUGUGGUGAAAUCUUUAGUCGGAGACCUGCUCGAUAUGUACGGCCCUGCUUUACAGAGACACAGUUUUACAUUAAACCGAUGAAGUCCAACAGUGUUUUGUCACAUUCUGAUCCCUGUUCAGGGUCAGUGAAGCACAACUAAAAUAUUUUUAAUGAGGUUCGUGUAUGUUUUGGUCACUAUUCCUCUCAACUAACUGUGAGCAGCUCGUCCGAUAGAGUCCAGAGAGUCAUUUCUAAAUUCUUCCCAAUAACAGACGUUUCCUUUGUACAAAUUUCCCCCGAUGUGGCGCCCUAAAUGUGACCUAGAAGAAAGACACGAGGAAGCCCAGUCGCCUCUCAGGCCUGUUGAACCCUAACUUGACCCUUCCUCUUGAACUUCACCCUGCGAAAGCCAUCAGGACACGUCCUCUCCCCUCCAGGCCCCACAAGGGCCCCUCAGACCUGAUUUGACGUGACCCCUGACCCCUCUGACUCCUCUGGCCACGACGCCAGCCUGGAAACUGACCGGAGAUAACCUCCAGACCAACGGGCCGUGAUGCUUCUGUCUCUGGACUGAGGACAUUUCACAGAGGACACACAGAACUUAGAUUUGCCGUCCUCUGAUUAUUAGUCCAUGAUGUUAUAAUGGUGGCUAAUUAUUACGUCAUUAGUCAUCAGUGAUUCCUAGUUUUCAUUAUUUUUCAGUUACAUCUCAGGAUGUGAGAUUGAUGAACUCUGAGACCAGAGAUGUGGCAGAGGUGAAGCAACAACCAUCGAUUUUAGAGUCAAAGACAGGAUUCAUACCAACAUUUUAAAAUAUUCAGUAUUUUUCUUAUUUUCAACAAAUCCCAUAAAAAGACCAAAACCAACACAGAGUUUAUUUUACUAACAAGUAUUGUGUGUGUGUGUGUGUGUGUGUGUGUGUGUGUGUGUGUGUGUGUGUGUGUGUGUGUCAGAGCCUGAUUUAUCUGCUGCCUUGUCCAGAAAACUAUUAAAAACACAUCAGCGAGCUGCACUGUCGCACCCUUCAUACUUACACCAACAAAAAGUAAUGUAACAGAAUUCAUAUAUGAGCCACGUGGUCACGAGCCAGUAAUUCAUCUAUAACCCCAUCAUCUGGGUUAUAGAUGAAUGUGUGAAGGCUGUGAUGACAUGACUAGUGCUCUGACGGAAGUAAAUAAGAACGUAGUAUAAAGAGCAAACAGGCAGGUCGGAGGACUAUAUUUACCCAGGAGAUCGGUGUUCAUGACCCAAGUGAAACCAAGUGAACUCUGAGUUAUUUUAAGGCAUGUUGUCACGUUUGUUUUCCCAAACCUAACCUACGUAACUUCACGUUAAGCACGUAACAUGAUGACACCCAACCAUGUUUGUUUUCCUAGACCUGUCCUACAUAACUUUACUCUCUUAAACCUAACCUACGAAACUUUACGUUAGGUAUGUAACCUGACAGUGUCUAACCAUGAUUAUUUUCCCAAACCUAACUUACGUGACUUUGCUUUCCUGAACCUAACUUAUGUAACUUUAUGUUCAUUAUGGAACAGAAUGACGCACAACCAUGGUUGUUUUCCCAAACCUGUCCUUCGUAACUGUCAGUUAAAUACACAGUGUGACGAUGCCCAGCCAUGAUUGAUUUCCUAAACUUAACCAAUGUAACUUUACAUUAAAUAUGUAACGUGACGACACCCAACAAUGUUUGUUUUUCUAAACCUAACCGACCAAACUUUACGUUCUUUAACCUAUCCUACAUAACUUUACGUUAAGUACACAACGUGAUAAUGUCCAACCAUGAUUGUUUUCCAAACCUAACCUUCGUAAUUUUAUGUUCACUACGUAAUGAUGUCCAACCAUGAUUGUUUUCUUUAACUUAACCCAGGUAACUUUACAUGAAGUACGUGACGAUGUCCAACCAUGUUUGCUUUUCUAAACCUAACCUACGUAACUUUACAUUAAAUACAUAACUGUACUUUUCAGCAACGUGAGUGCAAAACCAUGUUUCAUUCCCUAAACCUAACCUAACCAGUGGAGGCGUUAUUUCUUUAAGCAUUUAUUUGUUAGGUAUCACUGUAUGAGCAUAUGUUGCGCUGGGUAACAUGUUCCUACCAUGAACGCACCAACCAAAAACUACAGUGAGCAGCUGUUGUAGGAAAUUACUGAGACUUUUUAAAAAAUGAAACUAUAUAUUUGUGAAAUGUUUUUAAUGAUUUUAAAGAAGACAGGAAGUCAGAAAGUCCACCCCGUCACAUUAAGGCAACAGCCAAAACAAAAAAACACCAAACUUGUGCUUUAACAUGUUUAUGAGAUAAAUCUGCAGUAUUCUGGAAUACAUGUAGAAUCAAGAGCUAGAGUAUGAACAUUUAGCCUUGACCUGGAGAACAGCAGGCAACGUAAUCUUUAUUUUAGGUCCAUUUAUGGCGUAUCAAUCAAACAAAUGAAGUUUGCUUCAUGAGUAUAUGUCCAAAAACAUGUUGACUCUGCACUGACAUCCUGCUGGAGCAACAGUGCAUGAUUUGAUGCUUUUAUUACAACUCGGGCUUUGAUUUUUGCUCUUUUGUCCGCCAUGUCUAUCAGUGAUGAAAACAUUUUACUCAUCACUGAGAUCUGGGAACACGGUGAUAUCUUGAGUCAAGAAACACGAGCAGUCAGACGAUCAGUCAGGUUGGAAACAAACCUCCAAGAAGUAGUACUCAAACUAUCCGUUGUAAAGAUCCAUCACAGUUUACGGACUCACGUCUUGCUUUAACCUUGACAGCUGUAUUUACCAUCGUUGUGUGCACCGUUUCUUUGUCAACGAGGGAUCAUCACCAAUAUUUCAGGUGUGUUCCCUUUCAAUAGUUUAGAUAAACUGUUGGUUUGUUUCCAAACUGUCUGAUUGUCUCACCGCUUGUGUCUCUUCUUUUCCAUGACGUGCAAUAUUAUCAUUAUCAGAAAUGAUGGUCAGAACUACAAAACUACUGUAAGCCAAGCUGUAAGAAACCACAGCUGUCUUUCAUUUGUAAUACUAUGUAUAAUUCCUCCAUGGUUGACGGGAUUUGGAUGUGAACACCCUCGCAUUAAAGCCAACAGUGACAAAUUUAACUUCAGUUCAGAACCCAAACCCUCUGUAAGAAGCUAAUAACCCACUCAUGUGCUUGUAGCUUCACCUCUACAUCUCUGGUCCUGACUGACGGAGGAGGACGAGCUGACGCUUUCCCUCCAUCGCUCUCUUUGUUGUUAUUUUUGAUUUCAAUCUCAGGAUUAUUGUAAAAAAAAAGUGUUUUAUGAUAUUUAUUUUAAAUUGUACUACUGUUAUAAAAAAAAGUUUCUUGUCACGGUGAAGGUUAGUUUGUUUGUUUUUUUUGUUGGGGGUUGGG